GCGGUUCCGGCGCGCGCCCGGGGCGGCGGCGCGCAGCGGGGGGCGGUGGGGCGCGCGCCGGCCGCAGUGGACGCCGCCGCGGCCGCCAUGCAGCUGACGGUGAAAGCGCUCCAGGGCCGUGAGUGCAGCCUGCAGGUGUCGGAGGACGAGCCGGUGUCCACGCUGAAACAUCUGGUCUCCGAGAAGCUGAACGUCCCGGUGCGCCAGCAGCGGCUGCUGUUCAAGGGCAAGGCCCUGGCAGAUGGGAAAAGACUCUCCGAUUACAGCGUUGGGCCCAAUUCCAAGCUCAACCUAGUGGUCAAACCUCUGGAGAAAGUGUUACUGGAAGAAAGCGCUGCCCGCAGACUGGCCGAGGCCCCGCCACCACCCCCACCAGCCUGGCAGCUGAUCUCCAAAGUCCUGGCCCGUCACUUCAGCGCCGCAGAUGCCAGCAGAGUCCUGGAUCAACUACAGAGGGAUUACGAGAGGUCCCUGAACCGCCUGACGCUGGAUGACAUCGAGCGCUUGGCCAGCCGCUUUCUGCACCCCGAAGUACCUGAAGCUCAGGAGAAGGGCUUCUCCAAAUAAGUUCUCUGUGGGGAGGAGCCCGCCAGGCUACACGCUGCAUGUAGCAUUAAACGUGUUCUCCUGUCGCAGUCUGGCUCAUGAUAAUAAUCACACCUGCCAGUACCUGGGUGCCCACGCCUGGCUCUUGCCUGGGUUUGCUCCCACGCCUCACCCAAAAGGUAAGACAAGGCUCCUAGCAGUGAAGCGGGGGAGCCAGAGUCUGAGGCCAGCCAGAUUCUAGAAAUGCCUCAGGGCACAAAGGGAAAAGGGGGCUGUUCUGAAGGAUUUCGACGGACGGCCUUUGGCGCAGUCUUGUGCAGCCCACUGACAAUAAACCCUCUAGCGACUGCCCUUCAAGCCCGAGAGCUGACGCAGCUGUGGCUCCCACUGCCCAGUCCCGUCACCUGCCCGUCACCGACCGGCGCGGUGUUGGCAGGAGGUUGGUGACAGCCAGCCCCCGGCCCCCUCAGGCGCCGCGGGCUGGGGAAUCGGGGACCUGUGCCACGUCGGUCCCUAGGUGUUAACUCUGCACGGCAAGGGUCACUCUUGAAGCCUCCACUUCGUUCCCUCUUACCUGGCCCUGCCCCGCGCGCUCUGGAAGCAGGCCCCGGACGGAGCAGUGGCCAGGCCCGGCCCAGAGAUGUGGCGCCUUGGCCCUUCGGUACUCCCUCUGCCUGUCUCCUCCUGGACGUGCGCAUCUCUCACCUCUUAGGGAUGACGGGUGACCGGCUCGAGGUCACUCAGCCUUGGACGGGCCCCCGCACCCUGCAUUCACCCACGGUGUGGAAACGGACCCUUUCCUAAAACAUGCAUAUGGGGGCUUUCACUUUGCACCCCCUCGCUGCCUGAAAGGAAACCUCAGGGUGCCGGGAAGGGGGUAGAAGCAUGGGCCAGUGGCACUGACCCUCCCACCUCGCCUGGUGCGUGUGGGCACUAGAGGUCAUCUGGGCACCGGCUUGUUGGAGGAGGACACCUAGGUCAGUCAAGGCUAGAAGGAAGCCACCCUCCUGCCUGGGCCUCGUGGGGUGCAUGCUGGGUCCCCAGGCUGGGAAGAUAAGAGGCCCGAUGGGCAAAGGCUUGGGAGAGCAGCCAGGUCCCUGGCUCUGCCUGAGAGUUGGCAUAUCGAAGCGCAGGGCCCGCUUAGCGCCCGUGCGGCCUGGCAGCUCAUGUGGCCCACCCACGCUCUCCUCUUAUUUUGAGUCAGGACGUGGUUGUUGAAAUUGUGAAUCCCGUUGAAGGUGAAUGCGAGACUGACUCGUAUCGGAAAGGAACUCCAUUAGCCAGGCGGCUUUCCGGUUUCCAGCGGUUGGUUUAACCUUGAAAGAAAUUGGUUUAAACGAUAAAGAAAACAUUGGUUUACGAAACUGAGAAGUCCCAAGGACAUUGGCAGCAGAUGAACAGUUUCACCAAAUACCUAGUCUCUUCCUGCCUGCCCCCUGCGCUCUGAAGCGGCGGCUGCAUCCCCGCUGCUGCCUCGGGAUCAGAUGGCUGCUUGUGGUUCCCCCAAGUCUCUUGUUCACAGCCAGCGGGGAGCGCCACCGGCCCGUCCUGCGGUGUAGCUGCUUUCUCUGACGCCCCCGGCAAAUAAACGCUAUCUUUUAUUGGUCAGAA